AAACAACGUUGACCCAAAAAAAAAAGGAAAAAGAAAAAAAGAGUAAGGCCAAGAAAUUUGCAGCAUAUAUAUAUAUAUGUAUAAAUUGACUCCAAUGAAUGGACUCUACUUCUCUACUUCUGAGUUCAAUUCCAAUGGCCUGCGACAACGCCUCCCCGUUCGAGACUAGCGAGAUGCUUGCGAGUUUCGUGACCUCGACACCCCUGCUGGACAGCGCGUGGCGGAUCUGCAGCCACGCCAAUGCGGUGGCCCCGAGAGGAUAUGUGGUCGAGGUAGCUGGGGGUGUGGGCUACUUGGCCUUUUCUGGAGUUCAAGUGGUCGGGGGCUCUGACUCCGAGCUGUGUGAUCCUAAAUGGGGAUCAAUGGUCCCGCUGGAUGUGGCCAGCAACGGGCUGUUCUCGGCUCUGAAGAGCCCAGUGGAGGAGGAGGAGGAGGAGGAGGAGGAGGAGCAGCCGGUGAUGGUGCACGCCGGAUUUCUGCAGCUGUUUCUGGAUUUCUAUGGGAACUGCAACUUCCAAGACCAGAUGACGUUGCUAGAGAGGAGCAAUUGCAAGUCAAUAGUGAUCACUGGCCACUCCAUCGGAGCCGCGGCCGCAGCACUCACCUCUCUUUGGCUCCUCUGCCGCUCCUCCUCCUCCUCCUCCUCCUCCAUCCCGCUUCUCUGUAUCACCUUCGGCUCGCCCCUCCUCGGCAACUCUGCCCUCUCGAAGGCCAUACUCCGGGAACGGUGGGUUGGGAGUUUCUGCCACGUGGUCUCCAAGCACGACAUUAUCCCCCGCCUCCUCUUCGCCCCUCCCUCGGCCCACAUCCUCUCCCUACUACACCUAUGCCACUUCGGAACAAACAGCAUUCCCGAAGAAGCGCUGUUUAGUUACGUGCUGUCGUGUGCUGAGAAGGCGGCGGAGGAAGUGGAAGGGUUGUCGGAGAGUGACGGGUUGUGCUUCACGCCGCUGGGAACCUAUGUGUUCUGCUCCGAGGAGGGGGGGAUUUGUCUGGACAAUGGCGCUUCAGUCGUCAAGAUGAUGCACCUGCUGUUCUCGAGGAGUUGCCCUAGACAGAGCACCGAGGAUCACUUUAAGUACGGCGAGUACAUCGGGAAACUGCUUCUUCAGUUCUUGAAGAGGAGGGAACUGCAGGGAGAGGAAGGGGGACUGGGGUUGAACGGAUCGACCUACGAUGCUGGAGUUUCAUUGGCAUUGCAGUCGUCCGGAAUAGACAGACAGGAGAUGGUCUUAGGAUCGGCAAGAGACUGCUUGGAAAUGGCGAGGCAGAAUGGAAGCACGCGGAACCUGAACAGCGCUCACUUAGCAGUCCGGCUGUCCAAGAUCACGCCCAACAGGGCCCAGAUUGAGUGGUACAAAGCACUAUGCGACGGGUCUGAGGAGCAGCUUGGGUACUAUGACACGUUCAGGCAGAUGCGGACCGCCAAGCGGGAGCACGCCGUGAACAUGAGCAGGGUCGUCCUCGCGACCUUCUGGAAUGGGAUGGUCGGAAUGUGGGAGAGGAACGAGCUGCCUUUCGACUUCCACCGGAGGUCGAAGUGGAUCAAUGCAUCUCAAUUCUACAAGCUACUUGUGGAGCCCCUGGACAUAGCCGAUUACUACCGAAUGGAGAAGCACCGGGAGAAGGGGCACUACAUCGAGAAUGGAAGGGAGAGGAGGUAUCGGGUUUUCGACCGGUGGUGGAGGGAAAGAAGUAAAGGAAAGAAGAGUAGUAGCAAGAGGAACAACUUUGCGGGCUUGACUCAGGACUCUUGCUUCUGGGCGAGGGUCGAGGAAGUGAAGGAGUCAGUCGAGAUGGCUAAGAAGGAGACCGAGCCAAUGAAGCUAGGGGCAGUCUUGGAGAGGAUAAGCAAGUUCGAGAAGUACGCAGGGGAAUUAAUUGAGAGCAAGGAGGUGUCCAGGGAUGUUCUAGCUGCAAACUCGAGCUACAGCAAGUGGCUCCAAGAGUGGACAGCAUUGAAGCCGAGGUUUCAGCAACUGAUCAAUAAUAGCAAGUCCUAGCAAUAACAUAGCUAGUCAUGAUCAGCCUUACUAUCUCCAUACCAUCCGUCGCAUUUGAUUUCACUGAACCGGAACUAGAGCAUUGAGGAAGGAAGAACCGCAAAGGAUUUCAGAUGACUUGGAUCCGCUCAGAAUUUCCAGCCUGAGAGACAAGUGGAGAGGGAAUACCGUGGUAGAUAUGUGAUAUUUAUGAGAGAAGCACACUGGUCUCAGCUAUAGUAACAAAUUCCUAUCGUGCUAGUCAUGAUCAGCCUUACUAUCUCCAUACCAUCCGUCAGCAUUUGAUUUCUUACUUUAAGAAAGAUCUUAAAGUAAGAGCUUUUAGGACUUACCAUGUCAUCUCGAGCCAGGGCUACGUAGUCUACUCUGUAAAGCAGAAACUGAAGCAGGAGUAUGCAGGCCUUUCUGGCAGAGAGAUUCGGGAUUUGAGGUUGUCUGGUGUUGAAGGGAGGCAGAUCUUUGUCGUUGCAGUUAGCUUUUAUUUGGGAGAUGUGGCAGCAUUUCUUUCUAUUUUGUUAAAUUCCAAUUUGUGUGUCUCAAUCCUAUUGUUAUCUUGCCUCCAUGCAUAAAUCGUAAUGAUGUUUCGCAUUUCAGGUCACGAACACCAUUACUGUACCUGAGAUUGCUUUUACAGGAGACACAAUGUCUGACUUUAUAGCUGAUAGUGAUAACGUCGAUGUCUUGAGGGCUAAGAUUCUAAUCUUGGAGAGCACCUUCAUUAAUGACACGGUGACUGUCGAAGAUGCAAAAGAGUAUGGACACACUCACCUGUCAGAGGCUAGUUUUAGAGACAUCUACUUUGUCCCCUAAAUGCAUUCAUCGAAUUUAACUCAUCUGUCUCUGCUUGCAUAACAUGGUCUGCUACUCGUAAUAACACUUCGCGCUUCCUUUCAGAUUGUUGGGUAUGCAGAUAAGUUUCAGAACAAAGCCAUACUUCUAAUCCAUUUCUCAGCUCGACACAAACGUGAGGAAAUCGAAGCAGCUGUCUCUGCGUUGGAGCCACCUCUAUCCGGAAGAGUCUUUGCACUCACUCAAGGUUUCUGAACUUACUCGACCAUUGGAAUUAAACAAGUUUCGUGGGGCAUUUUCUUUGCUGUCACGUGUUCUGUGUAACAGUUGGUUUGGGUUCAUGAUAUUUUUGCAUUUUUUUUUCUCUCUUCAGUAAGAUAAUUCCGUAAAUUAGCAAGGCAUGGCGAGUUAGGAUCUUACAACUGUUGCUUGCUUGUAUGUAACUGAUCGAAAAUAAUGUAUCGUUCGAUCUAAAUGGAGUGUGUGGUCUCCUUCUGAAAA